GCUCCAAGCCGACGCAUGCGUAUUGCAAACCGGACGUUUCUGGGGUCCGUGUGUAUGCGCAUUGCGGGCAGGGAGGUGGAGGACUCGCUUUCCCAGCGUGCCCCACCGGAAGUGCCACUCUCCCAUAUAAAGCGGAAGCGGCGGCGGAGUGAGGCACUCGACGGUGAUAGCGGUAACAGUAGCUGCGUUCUCAUCAUGGCAUCCGGUGUGGCAGUGUCGGAUGGGGUGAUCAAGGUGUUCAAUGAGAUGAAGGUGCGCAAAGCAUCACCGGGGCCGGCCGAGCUGAGCCAGCGCAAGAAGGCUGUGCUCUUCUGCCUGAGCGAGGACCAGCGCGCCAUCGUGCUGGAGCCUGGCAAAGAGGUGCUUGUGGGCGACGCAGUCCCCGACCCCUAUGCUGCCUUCGUGGCCCUGCUGCCUGAGCGUGACUGCCGCUAUGCUCUCUACGAUGCCACCUACGAGACCCGUGAGACCAAGAAGGAGGACCUGGUCUUCAUCUUCUGGGCUCCUGAGUGUGCCCCCUUGAAGAGCAAAAUGAUCUAUGCCAGCUCCAAGGAUGCCAUCAAGAAGAAGCUGACAGGCAUCAAGCACGAGCUGCAGGCCAACUCCUUCGAGGAGGUGAAGGACCGGUGCACGCUGGCCGAGAAGUUGGGGGGCAGCUCUGUCGUCAGCUUGGAGGGGAAGCCUGUGUGAGCCCCCAUGCCCUGCCCCACCACCAGUCUGGCCCUUCCCGCUGGGGGGAAGGGCUGCUCCUGCUGUGUCCGACUCCCAGUCUCUCUCUGCAGGGGCGGGGCCUUUGCCAAACCCCUCAAGUGCCCCCCCUUCCCCCUAUCUGUCCCAGGUGGGGUUUCCUCCCAGCUACUCUAGUGUCAAGGGACCAGCCCUCAGCUCUGUCUACUUCACAUUCCUCCCCCCCCCCCAAGCUGGUGAACCCAGCAGUCCUGCCUAUCCUAGCCCCCUUCCAGCCCCUUUUCCCACCCUAACUUACUCCCCUCCCCCUGCAGCCUAGGGUGGAGUAGUUCCAGCCAGGGGAUAGGGGUACUUCUGCCCCCAAGCCCCCAUUACAGCCUGGGACUGAAUUGGGUCCAGGCUACUCUGUCCUAGGCUCUGGGGGGAGGGGUCCUGCCUCCCUGUCCCAGCCUGACAGAGCUGUGCCCCCCCCCCCCCCCUCCCCACAACAGGGACCCCUUCCCCUAGUGCAGGGGAGUGUUUUCCCCCCCCCCCCCCCCCCUGCACUCCAGGGACCAGCUCCUCCCUCCCCUGCUCAGCUAGAGCCCCCAGGAGUCCGGGCUGGUCCUAGGCGCCCCGCCCCCCCCCAUUGUCUAGCACCCCCGCCCCCUCCAAAGUUGCUGUUUCUGGUGUGUGUGAAUCCCCUUUUUUAAUGGUUUUUUGGAAGGAUUUUAUCCCUGCCCCCCACUGCCAAGCGUCGGUGGUGUCGUGGCUUCCUGCCUGUCCCCUGCUGGGGGAGGGGGAACGUGGCCCCCUUGGCUCCCCCUGUGCCCUAAUAAACCCCUGUACUGCUA